AGAGUAACAUGGAGCCAACAAUGGCAUCUGGUUUUUCAACGAUUUCAAAACUGCCUGCCUUCAUUAGCUACUCCACAUCCUCUCUGACUACCAUAAAUGUUAGAAAUCCCAGUGAAGAAUCUGCAUAAAAUAAAAUCCCUGUGUGAAAACAAAAGGAACAAUAUGAGACACACAACAAUAACUCUAUUGUUAUUGAUUUUAUUGUCUCUAUGGGCCUUGCAUAGGAAGUAUUAUUUCAGCUCAAAGCAGCUUCAGAGGAUGUCUCAGUGCUGGUUCCAGGCACGUCAAAGAGAACUGCAGCUAUCAGACUGGUUCCACCCCGUACACAUAGCAGAACUGAACAGGAACUUGAGUGUCACGGAGUGGUCAGCUCCGGUCGUGUGGCACAACAGUUACGACUACGGGAUCCUGCAGAAGUAUUACGCGCAGCGCAACGUCACUGUGGGGUUGACCGUGUUCGCUGUGGGCAGAUAUAUUGAACACUAUCUGGGAAGAUUUUUAGUAUCUGCUGAUAAGUAUUUUAUGACUGGCCACAAAGUCAUCAUUUAUGUCAUGACGGAUAACUUCUCUGCUAUGCCCUGGGUGUCUCUGAGUCGCCACCGAACGUUCAAAAUUUUUCAAAUUAAACGAGAAAAGAGAUGGCAAGACAUCAGCAUGAUGCGCAUGAAGACCAUUGCGGAGCACAUCGCGGACCACAUCCGGUACGAAGUGGACUUCCUCUUUUGCAUGGACGUGGACCAGGUCUUCAGAAGCCGAUUCGGUGUGGAGACUCUGGGAGAGCGCAUCGCUCAGUUACAUACUUUAUGGUAUCCGGAAAUGCCUGAUGUGUUUCCUUACGAGAGAAAUGAGUCAUCCGAGGCUUAUAUUCCCAAGGGUAAGGGAGAUUUUUAUUACCAUGCAGCUGUUUUCGGUGGCACGCCCACCCAAGUUCUCAAUAUCGUCAGGGAGUGCACCAAAGGAAUCAUGAAUGACAAGAAAAAUAACAUCGAAGCAGUGUGGCACGAUGAAAGCCACUUGAACAAAUAUUUCUUUCUCCAUAAACCCACUAAAAUCUUAUCGCCAGAAUACUGCUGGGAUUACAGGCACAGAGUGCCUCCCUACAUGAAAAAUAUCAGACUUUCUUGGAAUUUUAAGAAUUAUAGACUUCUUAGAGAAAGCAAAUAAUUUUGUAUCUCUUUGUAUUUCUAAAUAUAAAAGCAUCAGUUUGCCUCAUUCUUUAGGAAAUUAUCAGUUGACAAAGUCUAGCAUUAAAAGAUCACUAUUAAAAUGACAAGUCUAUCAACACAGCAAAGCCACACUUUUCAUCAUGUUAAUUUUGGAUCAUAUAAUGGAGAUUUAGGUAGUUUCAGGGUGAGUUUGCUAAAAUCAGAUGGAGAUUUAAUAAAUUUACAAUGUGUUUGGAUGUUGAGGAAAUAUUAUUUGUUAGCUUAUGUCAGAAUAGGAUAUAUUCCAUCACAAGCAAAUAAAACUUAAGCUAUUUUAAUUGAUCCAAGUGUAAA